AUGGGUAUUCCAUCCUCUCUACCCACAAACCCUAACCCCAGCCCCAGUCCGCCGCUCCCUCAGUCGCCACCACUGCAAAUGCCGUCGCUACCUCAAUCACCACCGCCUCAGUCACCACCAUUACCCCCAAGCCAAACACCAACUCUCAUUCCGCCGACUCCCCUCUCGCCACAAACUGAACCGCAAAAUGAAACACCCAUUUUCAACACUCAGUUCCCAGAACUAAUGCCUGAACCUGAGCCUACUCAAACGAAGUCUAAAGGUAAAACUAAAAAGGCUGCAGGUAGACCCAAGAAAACCCCUGUUGGAAAACGGAAAAGAGUACCCUCUGUUCCUUUCGACCUAAACUCUCCACCUCAACCUUCCUCUGAACCAUUCAACCAUGCUUAUCAGAGUGUGCAUGGAGAUGAUAAAGUUCCUUUUGGGUUUGUAGAUUCAAAGGCAUUGAUCAAAGACAAUGGUCAUGGUGGCUAUGAUUAUGCCCUAGCUGAAGCCCUGGAAGGUGAUGGAGAUGAUGACGAUGAUGAUGAUGGAGGUUACGACUAUGCUCCUGCCGCUUCUUAA